CUUACUUCAACACCAACCUAUCCAACAAAUUACAACUCAAGAUCUAUCUCAUUCACACUCUAAAAAGUUCAUACCAAAUUCAAAUUUCGCAGUAGCAAUCAUACGAAAAUGAUUGAGAUUCUUCAGAAUAUGCAGCUGAUAGCUCCUCUCUUCCUCGUCCUCUCCCUCAUCCUUCCCCUCGUCUUCUUCUUCUACUCCUCACUUUUCAACAACAAAGACCCUGCUCCAACCAAACAAACCGUUACUAUCCCAAAAUCAUACCCACUCAUUGGCUCCUACCUUGCCCUCAAACGCAUCGGCAACCGCCGUAUUCAGUGGCUAUCCGAUGUAGUCCAAAUCUCACCCGCCAACACAUUCACCUUCCGUCGCCCACUGGGCCGCCUCCAAGUUUUCACUGGAAACCCCGCCACCGUGGAGUACAUUCUCAAGACCCGCUUCUCCAACUACCAAAAGGGCUAUUCCUUCAUCAGCGCCCUCUCCGAUUUCCUCGGCACCGGAAUCUUCAACGCCGACGGAAACACGUGGAAGUUCCAAAGGCAAGUCGCCAGCCACGAAUUCAACACAAAGUCUCUCCGCAAGUUCGUUGAACACGUUGUGGAUGCCGAACUCUCCGACCGCCUCAUCCCCAUCAUGGCUUCAGCGGCACAGCAAGACCAGACCCUCGAUUUCCAAGACAUCCUCCAACGCUUCGCCUUCGAUAACAUCUGCAAAAUCGCCUUUGGCUUCGACGCGGAGUACCUGACGUCGUCAGCUGAACGGAGCAAGUUCGCGGUGGCGUACGAAGAAGCGACGGAGAUAAGCAGCAAACGGUUCCGCGAACUGUCUCCGUUAGUGUGGAAAGUGAAGAGGGCACUGAACAUAGGUUCCGAAAAGCGGUUGCGAAUGGCUGUGAAGGAAGUGCACGAGUUCGCGAAGAAUAUAGUGAGAGAGAAGAAGAGGGAGUUGAAGGAGAAGGAAUCCCUUGAAUCUGUAGACAUGCUUUCGCGGUUCUUGAGUUCGGGGCACUCUGAUGAAGACUUUGUGACGGACAUAGUCAUAAGCUUCAUAUUGGCGGGGAAGGAUACCACGUCAGCAGCGCUGACCUGGUUUUUCUGGCUGCUAUCGAAGUACCCUCGAGUGGAGAAGGAGAUUGUGAAGGAGAUAAUGGAGAAAUCGGAGGCUCCGGUCUACGAUGAAGUGAAGCACAUGGUUUACACGCAUGCAGCGUUAUGCGAGAGCAUGAGGCUGUACCCGCCAGUGCCCAUGGACACCAAGGAAGCAGUGGAGGACGACGUCUUGCCGGAUGGGACGGUGGUGAAGAAGGGGACGCUGGUGACUUAUCACGUGUACGCCAUGGGGAGGUUGGAGAGUAUUUGGGGUGAGGAUUGGGCAGAGUUUAAGCCAGAGAGGUGGUUGCAGAAGGUUGAAUCCGGAAACUGGAAGUUUGUGCCAAAAGAUUCUUUCACAUAUCCUGUGUUUCAAGCUGGUCCCAGAAUGUGUUUGGGGAAGGAUAUGGCUUUUAUGCAGAUGCAGAGUGUGGUGGCUGGGAUUCUUCGGCGGUUCGCGGUUGUUCCCACGGUGGCUGAAGGGGUGGAGCCAAACUUCAUUUCCUUCCUGUCCUCCCAGAUGGAAGGUGGUUUUCCUGUGAAGAUCAUUGAGAGGGAAACCUCAAAUUAAUACCGAACUUUUUCCAUUUAGACCACGUUACUCGUUUUAUUAGUUCUAUGUUUGGGAUUUGAGUUUGAGCUUUGAGUUUUACUUAUUUGUUUUUCUUCAUAAUAUGAAUAUGAAUAAUGGUUUGGAGAAAGACGAGUGAAGAAGGAAAGAGCAGUGGAAAAUU